CAAUUAUAUCUCGAUGAGGAUCGUUGACCUACCUAACAGUUGUCGCUUCUAGACUCGUAUGUGGUCCGUAUCGACACAUGCCAAGGUGCAGAAGCGGACAUACGUGCGUAGAUUACGGGACACGUGCAUGAUACCACCGAUUUAAUAUCACUCACACGGGCGUCUAUUAUGAUUAUCAGUGAAGUGGGAAGAAAUGCCAGCCUCACUAACUGCAGUCAGUCAGUUAAGCCGCGCUCACGGUCGCGAUCAGACGCGGCAGUGCUGCGAAGGAGGGACGGAGGCUUCUAAAAAACAUCAGAGAUCUCUUGACAGUAUCUGAAUCGUUUCUUCCACGCUCUAUGGUGGGAAAAUGCUUUCUAACUUGUUCGAGUGAAGCGAUGCUGUAUCUGGACGCUGUGUCGAGGCGAGCGCAUGCCUGCGGUGCAGCACGCUGAGAUUAAACACGUGUUCGUCGGGGUUAAAAAAUGACGCAGAACGAUUUCAAGAAACUAUCCGAAGCCGUCGGGGGCCUCCGAAGACCAGCUGAUUUGCGGCUCGACCUUAACAUCAAGCCGAAAAAUUCCAGUUCGGAGAGCCCAACGUCCCCAAGGAUCAGCAGGUCCAUAGACCUAGGAUUCACCGACGUCUCCUACGCCGUCAGAACCGGUAUUCUUAACAGAGGAAGGCGUGAAUUGUUGAAAACCGUCAGCGGAAACUUUAAAGCCGGGGAAUUAACAGCAAUUAUGGGACCUUCGGGUGCUGGCAAAUCCACCCUCAUGGACGUCCUGGCAGGUUUCACGACGUCCGCAGUCACGGGACAAGUGACGGUGAAUGGCCAGCCAAGGAACUUGGCUACCUUCCGGAGAGCUUCCGCUUACAUAAUGCAGGAGGACAACAUUCAGCCCUUGCUCACCGCCGAAGAGGCGAUGCAUGUUGCUGCCGAACUCAAGCUCAACCUUUGCAAGCAGGACAAAACCAGGAGGGUGGAAAAAAUUCUGGUGGCGUUGGGACUCGACGAAGCAAGACAUGUCCUGUCAGGUCGCCUGAGCGGCGGUCAGAGAAAAAGGCUUGCAAUCGCUCUGGAACUGAUCAGCAAUCCUCCAGUGAUGUUCUUCGACGAGCCCACGAGCGGAUUAGACAGCGUCACAUCUAAGCAAUGCAUUGGUCUUUUGAAAGCCUUGGCAAGGGAAGGUCGAACGGUAAUUUGCACCAUUCAUCAACCGAGUGCACUUCUCUUCGACAUGAUCGAUCAUCUUUACGUUGUCGCCCAAGGCUAUUGCCUAUACACUGGAGGAACGAGCAACAUGGUAUCCUACCUGGCAGAACAAGGCCUUUGUUGUCCCGAAUAUCACAAUCCAGCUGAUUUUAUCCUAGAAGUCAGUGCUGGUGAUUAUGGAAAUUUCGUGCCGCUGCUGUCCAGAGGAAUUAAAAAUGGAAGCAGCAAUAAAUGGAGAUCCCCAGCUAUCGGCGGUCUUUCGAAAAUUGAAGAAAUGAUUGCCUCCGGUCUUACGACGCCGGUUCGCGCGCCCAGGCUACCUCCCACUCCUAUCCUCCACAUGGACAAACCGGAGAAGGACUAUCAUCAAAUUACCGGAGAGUAUGUAACCAGUUUUUGGAAGCAAUUGUACGUCCUUCUCAAGAGAAACGUCAUCAGGCUCUCCAGAGACAAGUUUCUGACGUUCACGCGGAUAUCUAUGCAUCUAUUGAUAGCACUUCUCGUUGGCACCCUCUAUUAUCAAAUUGGCCAGGACGCAGCCUAUGUGUUCGACAACUUCAAUCUGCUUUUCUUCAGCAUCAUGUUCCUCAUGUUCAGUGCGUUCAACUCAACAAUUAUCACAUUCCCAUCAGAACUUCCAAUCGUGAUGAGGGAACACUUCAACAGAUGGUACAAGCUCCGGUCCUUCUAUUUAGCGAACAAGUUGGCUGACUUUCCAGUACAAAUCGUUGCUGCAUCAACGUUUACGCUGGUAGUUUUUUUCAUGAGUGGCCAACUACCCGAAAUCCGAAGAUUGUUACUGUACGUAACGAUGUGCAUCGUCGUUAGUUUUGUCGCACAAACCGUUGGGCUGAUACUCGGCAUAGGGAUGGAUAUUCGCAACGGUGUGAUUUUCGGCCCACUGGUGAUAUUGCCUUUCAUGAUAUUCAGUGGAUUCUUUGUUCACAUCAAUGACGCUCAUCCCUACAUGCAGUGGCUCUUUCACAUCUCUUUCCUUAAAUAUGGCUUCGAAGGUGUCAUGGUUGCAAUUUAUGGAUACGAUCGGCCGAAGUUGGAUUGCUCGAUAGUCUAUUGCCACUACAGAUACCCUAGACAGCUUUUGAAGGAGGUCGAUAUGACCGAGGCCGAAUAUUGGAGCAGUAUUUCCAUCCUCAUCGGGCUUUACUUUGCCCUUGAAGUAAUAGCGUACAUAGCUUUGCGAAUUAGGCUAAAGCACCGACGGUGAUUACGGACUAUAUUCAGGAUAAAAACAUACGUCGUGAAUUGGGACCAAGUCUAAAAGUCAAGAUUUACUCUUGUCUGAUCUCUAUCGCAUAGCUGGAAAGUUAUCAAGUACCCGAUUGUAGUAUUCAUGGUUGGGAAAUUUUCUAAUAUGCGAAAAUAUGUUUCAUAGACAAAAUGUAGAAAGGUCGACGUAUGGCAGGUUAAAAUAUAGAACAGUCGGAAUUAAUAAGAACAUAGCAGGGCAGAACAUAGAUUCGUCAGUAUUCUAUAUUGUGAAUCUUACAUUUUCAGAUGUUUCGACAUUGUACCCCCUACACGGUGAACGAAGCGAAAUUUUUUUCACCUUUACACUUUAAAUUUACUUAUAGCUAAAGUUGCCUUCUUCGCAGCAUUUAUGCUUAUAAAAUUAACCCUAGAACGGUAACGUUAUUUUUCUUUUUUUUUUUUUUUCUUUGUCUAUUUCAGUAACGGAGGGUGAAAAAACGCCCCAAUCUUGUAAAUUCCAUCCCUCGGAUACGUCGUAUCGUUAAGGACCCUACGAGGUCUCAUUUACUUCGUUUUUUUAAUAAAGCUUACGUAAGUUCCAAAAAAGUGGUCAAAAAUUGAUGAGCCUCGAAACAAAAAUGUAAGUUGUUCUUUAGCGAUGGGAAAUUUCAACUCGUGUAGAAUGUUUUUUCACCCCCCGUUAGCGUUCUAGGGUUAUCAACUUCGACUUGCGAUUUUAUUUGCAUCCUAGCAGUAUUUGUAGUAUGAAUCGAAAGAACGUUUAUUUGAAAAGGUCGAAUUGGUGUUUCGUAAAACGACGUAUCAUAUCGAUUCUGUGUACUGAUAUACCUCUUUUACGAAGUACGUAAACGUAGUCAAGAAUGUAGGCAUAAAUGUACGAUUGGCGCAUUUGUACGUAAAUAUACACCAUGUGUUCGAUCGUUAGCAGUUCGAGUUAACGAUGUUACGAGAUACAAGAAUCUUUGUUCGGCUGGAUUAUUUUCGGGCCAUCCUUAUUUUCGUGUGCAAUUUUCGGAGCCAAAUGAUCAAGAAAUAUUUGCGCAUACAACGUAUGCUAUAUUUUUUUACUCUGUAUAGUUUUUUGGUUUUUUCUUUUUAUACUCUAAUUUCUCUUCUUUUAUCUCGCACGCAAUCAGCACGCCGGAAAACUGUCAGGCCAACAAGAUCUAGUCAUUUCGUAAACGUAGAACUAGCUUAGGGGUUAACGCCGCUGUUUUGAAUUAUUGUCUUAAAAGAUACAGUAGACAACUAAAUGAUGUAUACUUUCUGCGUGUACCGCAGGGCAUUCAAACUCCAAAAAGCAUUUGCUCAACUUUAUUUACUUAUUACAUACGUUGCCAUCGUUGAAAUAUGAAUGUACAUACGUUUUUGUUUUAUAAUAUACAUAUAAUAUACGUUAUUACACUAUCGUUCUAGGUUAGUUAAAGUAUAGUGGCUCUCUCUCUCUCAUUUCGGCGUUGGCACGUUUCUUAUCAACAUAAAACUAGUACCUAAUAAAUCAAUAGAAAGGUAACCCGAAGUCAAGAUAAUCAAUUGUUAUCUUUUAUACAUGUGUAAAUACAUUAGCACAAGCCACUUGGGUCGAAUAUAUAUUAAUAAUUAUUGGCCAGUUAUAAUGUCGCAGGAAGAAUCUGCAUUAGUCGUCAUUAUGAAAAUAUACCGUGAGUUUUCUUAACAGCGAAACGACCUUGGCGCCUGAGACAGGCAACCGGAGUUACACCUCAUGUUCUCUGUCAGUCUAAACAUGCGCUGUAACUCCGAUUGCCUGCCUCAGGCGCACGCAUCCUUUAGCUGUUAGGAAAAUGCAUAGCGGAGAGCUCACGUUGUCGAAAGAUGACUGUAUGUACCAGGUUAUUUCGUAAAAAUGAUCUAGAGGCAAUUUAAUGUAGGCUGAAUCCGCUUGCAUUUAUGCAAUUCACGAUAGAUUUAACCGUUUGAUAUUUGCUUCAUGGUUAAUGAUUAAAGAGAAUGAGAAAUCGGCCAAUUGCGAGAAAUGAACGAAUGUCGAUCGGUAAAUGUACUCGCAGUUGCCGAAAUGCAGGCGCGUUUCGUAAAAAUACAAACUAAAUUGCAUAAUUGUGGCCGGAUUCACCCUGUGAUCCAUACCCGCAGACAAACUUUAAGUAAUUUAAAAUGAUGAAAGGUUCGUACGUACGUAUUAUAUUAUACUUCUCGGGGUGAAAAGUAUGUUUGUAGAUCCUUUGUGAUGUUUAAAUGGGGGGGAUGUGUAUACAUUUUCGUACACGGGCAUGAUUAGCAAUUAUCGGUAAACGACACGGAGCCAAACUUUUGAUUUUUUGCAAUUUUGAUGUCUUGUAGUAUGUACUAGAAUGUAAAAAUCCUGACAAGUUUCAGAACUCUGAGCUCUCAUGAUUUAACAACAUGACGUUGAUCAAUAUUUUAUUGUUAAACAAAGUGAUUUUUACAUUCUAAUUAUUAUCGUAUAUUUGUGGAGGAAACAAAUAUGAUCCGAGAUUUUUUCAAUGUAGACCUAUCUGUGCUUUUCACAAAAAAAAAAAAACAUAUUUUUUUUCGAUGUUCUCCAAAUUUUAUCUCAAAUUUGAAAUUUUUUAUCUAAAAGCUUGCAUUCUUCUGCACGGAAAACUUUUUUUUAGGUAGGUGCUGUAAAUGCGAUCAUGGCGUCAGCUAAAUAACAUAUUUUUUGUGUCAGCAAAAUAUGUUUAUUUAAUUUGAAUUCGCACCGACGUAUAUUUCUACAGAUGUAAAUAAAAUGGAAAUAUAUAACAAAUCACAAAUGACUGUAAAUAAAAAUAUUUCGCUGAAACAGAACAAUGUUAUACUUUAGAAAAUAAUUAUAGCUCCGCUACGAUCUCACUUCCAAUAUCUUUUAAUGAUUUUUUUUUUCGUUGCUGUGGAAAUCAACUUGUUUUUUACGGUUUCUGAGGAUUCAGCCUCGACGGAUUCUAUAAUCGGAGAGUUCGGAAUCUGCUACAUCGAAUACACGUUGAAUCCUAUUUUUUCCAGAGCAAUUAAGUUACGAUAAAAUUUGGAAUAUGAGAAUCAAUCUGUUGAAAAUUUUUAAAAUUGAGCAGCGUGUUUUUUUAAUUCUUAAAAAGUGAAAUUGAGGUCUAAAACCUUGGAAAUUGAUACAAGUAACGACAGCUGCCGGUAGUAGACGAGUGUGAUAAAAAUCAUUAGAAAUGUUGAAGAACCCUUCAACAAACAUGAAACAAUCGGUUAGAAGUCUUAAAACACCCAUAUGUCUUGUACAACUAGGUUUUUCAGCGUGGGGUAAUGAGUUACCCCAUGUGCCCGCUAAGGGUUAAAACAGUAAGAACUAGAGUUAUAAAACUUGCAAGUUUUUUGCACCGUAUUGUUAGUACAUAUAACACGAUAUCAAGUUAACCGAAAAAUUGAAAUUUCAGCCUCGGGUUGUUUACAGAUACAUGGUGAUAUGGACUAUAUAUGCAAAGCGAAGGCCGUGGGUCAAUGUGAUUACUUCAAAAGCGAAGUGAAGGGUAAAGUAUUAUUGGGUAUUAAGUAUUAUUAAGAGAUUCUGAGCAAGUACUUCAAUGAUCGGGUUUAAACUAUAGAGUAGUGAUUGUUUGAGUAAUGAUUUGUUGAGUUACGCAGAAAAGAGAUCGCGAUGAAAUGAUGGGAAACAAGCAAGAUCCUCAAUGGUUCAAUUUUAACAAAAGAGAAAUUUUUGUAAACACUACAAAUAAAUGUAUUUAAGUAGACACGAUAAA